UGGCGGAUGGAAGAAAGAGAGAAUGAUUCUGUAAUGUAUGUUAUGCUACGACUUGCUCAUAGGACCAAAAAGGUGGUCCUUGACGAAAAUGUAUUGCAGAAGGCAUCUUGGACAUAUUCCCAGUGGCCAAGAGUCCAAGACGAUAAAAAGUGAAAAAGGAUAUGUAUAAAGUGGUAGAAUAGAAAAAGGAAGAGAGAAGUAAACAUUGAACAGCAAGUUGGAUAAGCUUAUAAACUAUAAAGGAAAAUCUGCAAGCUUUCCUAGUAAGAUGGCUCAUCAAUGUCCAAAGCCAUAUAUACAGCAUGUUAGAUCAUACGGUUAGGUGAGAAGAAGCAAUAUGGAGGCAUGGCCGUCCAGUUCUUCUAGGGGACAAAAAUCGAAACGCUGUGAUAAAGCCACAGAGUUCCUUUACAGUGCUUGCUUGCUGUGCAUUUCAUGCCCGUUAACAGUUGUCUGGUGCUGCAUCGAGCUACCGUGCAAGGUUGGAUGGCAUGCUGCGAAGCCUGCAAGGAAGAGCGUUUGUGGAUCAGGGAAGAGAGUUUGUGCAUCAUAUUCUUCGUUUUCUGACAUUGACUUGAAUAUUCUGCCUGGUAAGUCGCACACAUGCACCAAAAGUAGUUUGAGAGCUCCUAGCUAGAAGCAGGAUGACCCAUUUGGCUAAUCAGUUGAAACUCUAAGUCUGCAGCAACCAAAACCCCUGUAGUGUUCCUCUGUUUCUGUUAACUAAUAGUUCUAUUAUUGUUUGUUUUCCAUGUUGAAUUUGCUGCCAAGCAUUUAUUCCAUUUAGCAUAUUUAACGUGUACUGUGAUCCUAUCAUUGGUAUUUAGAAAACAUAUAUGUCAAAUUUCAGCUGCAAUACUUUGUGAUUUGCAUAGUAUCAAGGCCUAUUGGACCACUCAAACUGCUGCGAGUGGCUUGGUUGCUGUGAUAGGCUAUACCACCACUUGUGUAAGAAAGGAGAUAAUAAGAGAAAUAUUUACCCGUGAGUCUGGAUUUUCCUGUCACUUU